AUGGCAUGUCAUUGGGACAGUGGAAUUGGUCCUAUGAUGUUGAACGAUAUGGAUGUAUUACGGCUAUGUCGAUCUGUACUGUGGAAUGAAAACGAUGCUCGUGUACUGUUGGAGACAACUCGCUUGCUAAAUACGUUCUUGUCAUGCUCCAUUGAUACAACCUAUCAGACGAUUAUCGAACAUGAUCACUUGACGGAAUUUCUGACGCCUGUUCCGAUGUCGCCUUCUAUUUUUCACCAAUACACAAUGAUCAUUUGCAACACAUUGUAUUCCGAGCUUUUAUUGACGAGCCUGGAACUUAUGACGAGAAUCGUAGUCUACACAAACGCCAUCACCCACAGUAUAGCACGACGGAAACAUCAAUCCUUGGAAACCGACAGAGAUGAUGUAUUCAUCAGCAAAUCAGACACAUUAGCAUUGAUCCGCUGGGGCGCUGAUCGAUUGGAGGAAGAAGGACGAGGGGUCGGUGUAGGGAUGGGUUUUAACCGCGGGGUGGCGAAAAACGUAAUGCACCUACUGUGGGCAUUGAUGGCUUACGGAAUGGUCAGCAUUGCGGAAUGUGGUAAGAUCACCGGGACCAAGCAUCUCUCGAAGCAAACAAACAAUAUGCUUAUUCUCCCGUUUUUUUAG